GAAUGUUUUGGGGAGAGCGAAAAGCAUAUAAAGUAGAGACAUAUAAGACAGGCAGUAACAAGUGGCAGAUAAGCAAGGACGAACGGAUAAGCGCACACUAGACUUUUUGUUCACAAGAGAAAGCAUUAUGGCUGCCACACGGGACCUUCCUUUACCCCUGCUUAUCAUUUGCAUCCUCAAAAUGACUGGCUCCUUGCCUAUGACAUCCCAACCCCCGGAGUUUGGUCCUCUGGAUGCUGUAACUCUACUGGGAUCUCCAACUGAAGGUUAUGUGUUGGUGCCCGAAGACUAUGAAGAUUCGGACGACGCAACCACCACCUCUGUGCCACUGACACCUAGACGUGGUCCUUUUGAAAAAUGCAAAUUUAACCAAUGUCUUGAAAACCAACCAUCAUGCUAUGAACUGGCAGCUUCUACUCAAUGUUUGUGUCCUGGAUACACUUUAAAUAAUGUCCCCCCAGAGGCCCCUAAUUUGGGAUCAGUAACGUUAAAUGGGGCAGAUGUGAUUGUUGAGUGGUGUGAACCCCUUUCAUACGUCACAGGAUAUGUUGUAACAGUGGGUGGACAAGAAAAGUAUAGAUUUAGCAAAGACAAACGCAGGGGUAGUAUAGGACAAGUUGAUAAUGUUAUCCAAGUGUGUGUGAGUGCAGUGAAUGAUGCGGGGGAAAGUGAAGCGUCCUGUGAGAUGUAUCAGCCCAGAGACAGGAGCUUACCUCUAAAAGUAGGUCUCAUUGGAGGAGCACUGGUUCUGCUGGCAGCGCUGCUGAUGGUGGUCCUGAUCUGGAGGAGGAGGAGGCAGAGGAAGCAGGAGGCACACAUCUCCAGUGCACAGUGAACGGGACAGGAUGCUCAAGAGAUAAAAACUAUCCCAUGAGACUCUUCCCAACCGUUAAUUAGGGCUUCAUGCACACAGGCCAUCUGCGAAGUGAAAGUGGUUAUCAACAAGAUGUUCUGAAGAGCUAAACUUGGCACAUAAGUUUACAAAAUGUUCUAAUUAAGGCACAGAUAUUUUCAAUCAAAUGGGUCAAGUUAAUGUACUCAGCAGAUAUGACUGUACUGUUAUAAUACAAUGUGCAGUCAUUAUCUUAGUUGGUUCCAUUAAAAAAUACUAGAGUUCAUAAAGCCAACAAAUACCAGUCUGAAUGUAAGUUGAUGAAAAAAAUGCCUAUGGCUGAACAUCAGUAUUGCCUUGCUUUUGCAUACAAAUAAUGUUUUUGCUUUUAUAUUCGACACCAGCCAGAGUUUGGUUAAAAUCCAUUAAUAGCACUAGUUUAUGUAAAAUCAGAAAACCAUUACAAAAAGAAAAUUGAAUUCUGUCAACUGAAUUAAGUUUUUUUUUUUUUUUGGUCCAGUUGACAGAAUUCAAAUUUCUUUUGUGAUAGAACCUACCUACACAGAAAAAAAUCAAGGAAAUUAUGUACACAGUGAAUAUAAUAUAAUUGGAUAUUUAUGACUGAAUUGUGUUAUUGAUGAAUGCAUGUUAAAUUUUUCUCUCUGUGAGAGUGACAAGUGUGUUGUUAAUAAAGAUCUUGUUUUUCU